GAUAACUUCUGCCUACUCUUCAUACAUGACCAGGCAGAAUUUGUACAGACAUCAACCAGGCUUCAGUUAAAGUCUGCACUGUGGGCCAGAAUAACUGGUUGAAUAACUGCAUCGAACUUUAAAUCUGCAUGUUAGACCAGCAGAACUGCACCAAGUGCCUCACUUUUUAACAGAUUUUAUAACACCUGCUAAAUGUCAUUCGAGUAUGCAAGUGCCUACACCUCAAAAAUGGGGGAUUGGGCAUGAAGACAAGGCCAAGCAAGAAUACCUCAGCAAAAUGCAAGGGGAGCAUCAUUGUUUUAUCGUGACUGAGUCAGGACUCCACAGGUACCCUGGGGAUCUUGUUUUGGGGGCCAGGAAGGGCUGUUCCCGAAAUUCACAUAGGCUGGUUUUCCCAUACACAAGAAUAAAACAACCCAUGAAUUGCAUCUUUGUACACAUUUUUCGUUUUUGUUCGUACCCAAACUUCUUUAUGCAGAUAAAGGUUCCAUAACCCUUAGCAGGUCGGUCCCAUUAAACACGCUUCUUAACCUUUAUCUAAUCUGUUUAUCUUCAUCCUGUAUUGUCUACUUGUUCUUAGUUUUCUUACAGAAUUUCUUCUGUGUGCAGACGGUCUUCAAAGAAACGAGCUUUUGAAGAAAAGCUAAAAUUGUUACAAAAGAAGAUUAUGUAUGAAGAAGAGGUCGCUGAUUGUUAAGAAGAUACUGAAGCAGAAAUACGAUUCGACGGGUUGUCCCAGACUGACAUCCAGUAUAAUGGACGGGUGUUUCAAAUCACGUGGUUCACAUCCAUCUGGGAGAUCGUUUCGGCUUCGUUUUUUUGUGUCUGCACUUUUCUUGAGUGUUUACAUCUCAUUACAUUCAAACGUGUCAGCAGCAGGAAGCCAAAUAAUAUGCACUGUUCCCUCAGUGAAACCAAGAAGAAGCACAGUCCUCACGUGUUAUUUCCCUGAAGAUGUCAGUGAAACAAAGAGAGAUUUUACUGUCUAUCGAUACAGUGACGGCCGUCCAGAUGCUGUCCUUGACUGCUGGUGGUGGUCGGGGAACUUAUCCUGCUUCACGGGUCAAGGAUACACGUACGACAGAAGGAUAUCCACCAAACUGUCGCUAGUGAUUCCCCGAGUUUCAGCAUCUGAGCUCGGCACCUACGAUUGUCGACUAGUGAGUUAUGGACCAGACUCCUUCUUUAGCUGCGACCUCAACAUCAAGCUAGAUGGAAGGUCAGCCUGCGACAUCCCUUCCGUCAAACUGGAAACAGAAACUGCAGUCACGUGCUACUUUCCUGAGGACCUCAACAAGUCUCGCACAGACUUUAGAGUCUAUCAUCACUCUAGAGAAGGUUCAGAUGCUGUGCUAAACUGCACGUGGGAUGGAAACAUUCUGAACUGCACCACUUCUGAAGGUUUUCAGUUUGACAGGAGAGUGUCCAGAUACCUCAGUCUCACAAUAACCAAUGCUACAGAGUCUCACGAAGGAACAUACAGCUGUCAGAGCUCAGGCACUGAGCCGUUUCUCUACGACAACUGUUCUUUUACACUUCAGAAAGCUGCCAAUUCAUCCUGCUCAGUUUCAAAUGUGAAGGACUUGGACUUGGCAGAACUAACAUGCAUCUUCAGUGUUGAUAUCAGUAAAGCCAGGCAGGACUUCAGGGUAAUCCGUCUGAAGGGUCGAGGCGUCACUGUCGUUAGCUGCACGUGGCUGGAUGACCAGCUGGACUGCACCAACGAGCCGGGAUACGCCCUCGGCACCAACGUCACGGAUCGCGUCGUCAUCACACUGCCUCGAACGUCACGUCGGCAAAAUGUGACGUACGCUUGUCACCUGCAUGGCUCUGAGCCUGCUGACUCUGAGUCGUGUGAUGUUACCUUUAUAGCAGACCCUGUGAAAGUCUCAUACACAACCGUUAUUGUAGUAGCAAUUAUUGGAGUUGCUUCUCUGAUAGCAAUCAUCAUCUCCUGUAUGAUUCUUCUGUGUAGGUUACGACGAGAAAAAAGACGUUCUUUGAAGAGACGAGCUUCUGAAGACAAGCUAAAGCUGUUGCGAAAGAAGAAUAAGGAAAUCACACAUAAUUUCAUCAACUACCUCACAUCGUCCUGCCUAAAAACAUAUAAAGACAUUGAUACACGUUUUUACUUCGUACCAUCGUUAUACCUAAAUAAAAAUACAUACACACCUGUUGAGUUUGCCGGUGAGAAGGUUUUAAUAACUCGGCCAUCCACUGACACGGUCCUGAGGCACGACCAGGCCAUGCAUGACCUCCUACAAAAUCUCUACCUGCUGGCACAAUCCGAGAACGAGGCUAUGUUUGUCAUCUCACAGUUCAAAUAUGACAACUACCUGGCUAUGUCACAAGAUGUCUUCAAUGGCCACCUGCUGCCUAUGCCUGAUAAACUUGGAGAACUGAAUAAAGACUACGGGAACUUUGACCUUCUAAUCGUCCAUCGCAAGUACGGACUGAUGGUUGUAGUGGUCAGGGCUUGUGGUCCUGAGCCUGGAGGCGACAACGAAGAGAAAGAUGAUUCAAAUAUUUUUGAAGAAAUAGAUAGUGGAGUCAGACAACUACAAAACGCAGAACACAUGCUCCAACAUGUCCUGUCUGACCAACACUGGGAUGUUCCUGUUCGCAAGACAUUGAUGUUACCGAAUGUUUCACAAGAGAUUCUUCGUCGUGUGCUGAAAAGGAACAAUAUGGAGAGGCUGGUAGAUGUUGAAGGGAGACUGAAUGUACCACCACCCUUAUUCCGCAGGGAUAAACUAAAGACAGGACGCUCUAACCGCGAGCUGCUUUGUUCAAGACAAAUGUCUGUGGGCUGA